AUGUCGUCAGACUCCCCUCGUAUCGUGCGGGUUGGCAUCAUCGGCUGCGGCACUGUCGCCCAGGUUGUCCAUCUGCCCACACUCAGCCUUCUCUGCCACCUCUUCCGCAUCACCUACCUCUGCGAUGUAUCUGAAAACGCCCUUCGCCACUGUCAGGCCAGAGUCGUCGGAGGAGUCCCCCCAGAGAUUACUACCGAUGCCGCGGAGCUCUGCGCGUCUCCAGAGGUGGACGUUGUCUUCGUCAUCAACUCCGACGAGUACCACACCGACCACGCCGUGCUCGCUCUCCAGCACAACAAGUUUGUCUUCGUCGAGAAGCCGCUCGCGCUCAAUCUUCGCGACUGUGAAGCGAUUGCCUCGGCAGAGAAGGCAUCCUCCGGCGACGUCAUGGUUGGGUACAUGAGGAGGUAUGCGCCUGUGUUUCUCGAUGCCGUCAAGGAAAUUGGUGGCGUUGAGAACAUCAUGUUCGCAAGAGUACGAGAUAUCAUCGGCCCCAACUCCACCUUUAUCGAGCAGUCGGGUACCUUUGCCAAAGCUUUCACCGACUUCCCUCCUGAGAGCACCAAGGAGAAGGACGCCAAGGCAGAGGACACCGUCUCCCAAGGCCUCAAGGAGUGCGGCGUCAAGAUGACGCCCGAAUCUACCAUGACUUGGAGAAUCAUGGGUGGUCUUGGCUCGCACGAUCUUUCUGCCAUGCGCGAGUGUAUUGGUUUACCUGACGAGGUCCUGGGAUCGUCGCUGGCGCUACCCUUCUGGAGUGUUCUCUUCCAGUAUCCCAAGUUUGCGGUGAGCUACGAGACCGGCUUCUACAAUGUGCCAAAAUUCGACGCCCACAUCGAAGUGUACGGGCAGAAUAAGAGCGUCCGAGUCCAGUACGACACCCCUUUCGUCAAGGGCCUCCCCAUUACGAUGCACAUCAGCGAAGUGUGCGAUGGCGGCUCUCUCAAGGAGACGACGAUUCGCAAGACGUACGAGGACCCUUACACUGUUGAGUUGAAGGAGCUGUACGCCCACAUUACGGAGGGGCGUCCCAUCAAGACGACCAUCUCCGAUGCGAAAGAGGAUCUCGAGAUUUUCAAGAUGAUUGUGCAAAAAGGCCAUGAAAGAACGUGA